AGGAAAGGAGGAACAUUAGAGCUUGUCCUUAUCAUGAAUGCUUUUGGCUUGAUCCAGAUUGGCCUCAUACUGUCAAGCACCACCAUCAUCUCCAGCCCUCAGUGCAACCACCUCCCUCUGCAGCAAAGAAAAGUGAUCGAGAACAGCCUGCGCCUCUUGGAUAAAAUGGGAAAAGAGUUUCCCCAACAAUGUCUAAGAGACAAAAUGUCCUUCAGAUUUCCUACGCAGGUUCUGCAGCCCAGGCAGAAAGAGACUGUUGGAGUUGCCAUUGAAGAGAUCCUCCAACAUAUCUUCUACAUCUUCAGCAAAAAUCUGACCCUAGCUGCUUGGGAUCGAACAGUACUGGAUCAGUUCCAAAACGCACUUUAUCUGCAAAUUGAGCAAUUGGAGGCAUGUGUAAUCGAAAAACACACCCAACACUGCUGGAGUAAAGAAGUCAGCAGGCUGAAAUUGAGAAAGUACUUCCGAAAAAUAGACUGCUUUCUUAAAGAUAAACAACACGACCUGUGCUCUUGGGAGAUCAGCCGUGCAGAAAUGAGGAGAUGUCUCCAACUGAUUGAUAAGGUGACAAGGAAGCUUAAAAACUAAGGGUGUCCAUACUCUCCUCUCUACCAUUCAUGGAUGCAAGGUAAAGAAGAGAUGGCAGACAUGGAUCUCAUGGAUAAAGCCGAAAUACCAGAAAUAAAAGCUACUAGCAACCUCACCAUGAUCAAGAACAACAAAAAAGACCAAAAAACCAGAGUAAAUUAUCAGAGUAAUUUUUCCACGUGUAACACCUUGCCGCAAAUGUUACAACAAAAUAUGUAUUUCUUUGCUUUGUAACUAACAGCACUUGAAAUGGACCCACCCUGGGGCUGUUUCAAAUCUCAUUUCUGUUGCUUGUUUGUUCUUUGUACUUCUUCAAACCUGUAAAAUAAAAUUACAUUCAGCUUA